AUGUCCCGAAAAACUAAACGAGCUGCAGAAACUGAGAGUAAUCCUCCCAAUAAAAAGAGUUGCCAGGCAUUUAAACCAGAAUGGCUUCAAGCAUCUGUAGAAAUUGAAAAAGGAAAGGGCAUUGUUUGCCAGCUGCUUUUGGAAAGUGCUGCUGAUAAGGAGGAGAGGCAGAAUAUGAAAGAAAAACUGAUUUCAAAACCAGAUGAAGUUAAGGUUUUAAUAGACAAUGUAUUACAUGCUGUUAACAUGAACACUUCCAUGAAUGCCGUACAGAAAAUUAAUGAUCACAUGGCAAAGUAUGUUAAUAUCCCGGAAAGUUGGAGGAGUAAAAACUAUGCAUUUGAGUUUUUACAAAACAUAAAUGCAGUUGUACAAUCGGAAAUACUGACAGAAAUAAGGGAAUCAAAAUACCACACCCUGGUAGUAGAUGAAAGCACUGAUAUAUCAGUAAGCAAAAUGUUGAUUUUAUAUUUUAAAUACAGAAAAACAACAUCUGAUGUUCAUCAAACCAUGUUUGGUGGUAUUCUAAACUUAAUUUCAUGUACUGCCUGUGCAAUUGUGACUGCAAUAAAAGAAUCAUCAAACCAUGUUUGGUGGUAUUCUAAACUUAAUUUCAUGUACUGCCUGUGCAAUUGUGACUGCAAUAAAAGAAUUUUAUUUCUUCCACAAGCUAGACUUAAUGAGAAUGGUGAUGUUUUUACUUCAGAUGGAGCUUCAGUUAUGUUAGGAAGAUGUAAUGGUGUUGCAGCGCAAUUAAAACAGAUUAUCCCUCAUCUAACUGAACAACACUGUGUUGCACACAGAGAAGAUUUAGGGAUAGGUGACGCUUGGAAAAGAGUUCCUGUUGUCAAAGAAAUUGAAACAUUACUACGUACAGUUUACACAGUAUUUUGCCGGUCCUCCACAAAAAAAGCACAAUUUCGAGAAAUGGCCAAUGUGACAGAGCAUAAAGCUGUUUCAUUUAAACCUCUGAAUGAAGUAAGGUGGCUUUCAAGAUAUUAUGAGGCACUUAUAUUUUACUUUGAAAAUGAAGUUUCUGAGAAUAAUGAUCCUAUUUCAAAGUACUGCUUAAAAAGGCUAACAGACAAGACAAACAGGGUAAAUGUGGCUGUUCUUCAUGAUGUGUUGUAUGACUUAUCAGAGUUAACCAAAAGUUUUCAAAAAACAACUUUAACUACCCUCGAAGCUGUGGAUUUGGCCAGAGCAAAAAUAGAAAAACUGAAAAACCAGUACUUAGGUGAAGAAAUAUAUUGGGGCAGAAAGGUUCAGGAUUUGAUUUCAGAACUGUUUGGAAAGGAUGAAAAGUUUAACAGCCAGUCAAUUAUUCAAUUCAUUACACUGUUGUGUGAGCACAUGUGCAAAAGAUUUCCAAAACAAGAAAUAAAAGAGUGGGCAGUUUUUGAUUUUAAUACAGUCACGUCAAAAAAUACACAGUUUAGCUUUGGCAGAGAUCUGCUUAAUAAAUUAAUUGAGAGAUAUGGAAAAUAA